AAUAUGGUGGUAAAGAAACCACGUAUUGUGAUAAUUGGAGCAGGAAUGGCAGGUCUCACAGCUGCAAACAAGCUCUACACUGCAACUGCUUCCAAGGACUUGUUUGAGCUAUGUGUUGUAGAAGGUGGAACAAGGAUUGGUGGCAGAAUCAACACUUCAGAGUUUGGUGGUGACCGGAUUGAGAUGGGUGCUACUUGGAUUCAUGGAAUUGGAGGCAGCCCAAUUCACAAAAUUGCUCAAGAAAACCAUUCACUGCACUCUGAGCAACCUUGGGAGUGCAUGGAUGGGAACUCAGAUGAGCCUACCACCAUAUCUGAAGGUGGCUUCCAGGUACACCCUUCUAUUGUUGACCCUAUCACAAAGCUUUUCAAAAACUUGAUGGAUUACUCUCAGGGGAAGCUAACAGAUGUCACUGCAAAAGGUGAACUUGAAAGUUAUUAUAUGCUGGCUGCUAAAGCUGCUCAAGAUUCCAAAGUUGGCUCUGGGAACCUUAGUGUUGGUUCUUUUUUGAGACAAGGCCUUGAUGCUUACUGGGGUUCAGUGAAGGAGAAAGAGGAGCUCAAAGGGUAUGGGAACUGGAGCAGGAAGUUACUUGAAGAAGCAAUCUUUGCAAUGCAUGAGAACAUCCAGAGGACUUAUACAUCAGCUGGUGACUUGUUGAGUCUAGAUUAUAGUGCUGAGAGUGAGUACAUAAUGUUUCCAGGUGAAGAAAUCACAAUUGCUAAAGGGUACUUGAGCAUAAUUGAAUCCUUAGCUUCUGUGUUACCACCUGGUUUAGUUCAGUUAGGUAGAAAAGUCACAAGAAUUGAAUGGGAGCCCCAUAGAGAUGAGGAGAGUAUUAGUAUGGGAAAUGGUUGUUUUUCUAGGCCUGUUAAGCUACAUUUCUGUGAUGGCUCAGUUAUGUCUGCUGAUCAUGUCAUUGUCACGGUUUCACUAGGAGUGUUGAAAGCUGCUAUUCGUGAUGAUUCAGGUAUGUUCUGUCCUCCUCUUCCCCCUUCAAAGGCCGAGGCAAUUUCAAGGCUUGGUUUUGGUGUUGUUAAUAAGUUGUUUAUGCAAUUGAGUCCAACACAAGGUGGAAAACAUGAACACUCCAAAGGGUUCCCAUUCCUUCAAAUGGCUUUUCAUUCACCUCGAUCUGAAAUGAGGUUCAUGAAAAUACCAUGGUGGAUGAGGAGAACUGCUACCCUUUUUCCCAUCUACAACAAUUCUAGUGUCCUACUAUCUUGGUUUGCCGGGGAAGAAGCACUAGCACUUGAGUCACUCAAAGAUGAAGAGAUCAUAAAUGGGGUUUCAUCAACAGUCUCAAGCUUUCUAUCAUAUUCACAGUGGCAAAAUGAUUCCAGUUCACAUAAAUUGUGCAAUGGGAAUGUAAAAUCUGAAGAGAGAACUCAUGAUAAUGAAGUCAAAUUCAGUAAAGUCUUGAAGAGCAAGUGGGGAACUGAUCCUUUAUUUUUAGGCUCAUACAGUUAUGUUGCAGUAGGAUCAAGUGGUGAUGAUUUAGAUACAAUGGCAGAGCCAUUGCCAAAAGAUAACAGUUGUCAAUCUUCUGCUUCAUCUCCACUUCAAAUUUUGUUUGCAGGGGAAGCAACUCACAGAACUCAUUAUUCUACAACUCAUGGAGCUUACUUCAGUGGUCUUAGGGAAGCUAAUAGGCUUCUUCAACAUUAUCAUUGUGUUGGGAUUUACAACUAGUAUUUUUUUGUUCUCUUUUCAAAGUUUUGUGCAUUAAUCUCUAUGAUAGUACUCCCAUUUUCAUCUUAACGUCUUCCUUUCUCUUUAAGGAAAGUAGUGAGUGAUUGGGAAAAAUCGAAAUUAGAAGGGGCAAGAUGAAUAGUGAG